AUGAGCAAAUCUUAUAAACUCUCUUUACCUUCAGCACUAAAACCUGGUAACAAUCUCUUGGCUGGAAACAGAUUCAGAUACACUGAUGCUUCCAAACUUAGCAACAACAAGUCCAAAUCUCGCAAGCUCUCAUGGUACAGAACAGUUCUUGAUUCAGGAAGUGAGAUAGUCUUGAAAUGGAACUGGGUCUUCAUUGUCUCCUGUAUGGUUGCUCUCUUAAUCGACCCUUUGUACUUGUUCGUGCCAACCAUUGGAGGGAACGUAGCUUAUCCCUGCGCAAGAACCGACACGAGUUUGAGAAUCCUCGUUACCUUCUUCAGAACAGUUUUUCUAGUACACUAA